AUGAUCGUCGCAGCGAACGGCCAGCGCGCCGUCACUGUCCAUGACUUGAAGAAGGCAGCAAAAUCCAAGGCGUCCUGCCGUAGCAUACUCCGGGCUCUCCACGAUCGCAACAUCUAUUUCCGAAAGUUGCGGGAGAAGCCACUGCUGACUCCAGAGGAUAUCAAGGCCCGCUUCCAGUUUGCCAAGACUUCUCGCUCCAAAAGCGCAGCUUGGUGGGUCGACCGCAUUGACGCCUUCAUCGACGGGAAGCAUUUUCAGGUCUACCUCCACGGCAAGGAACGACGUCGUGCAGCACAGCAUGCCAGGUCUGGUGCGCACCGUCAACCUGGAAAGGGCUUGUGUGGUGGGUACGUGAAGCCGAAGGCCCUCCCCGUGCACGAGGUUGCCCAUGGACGUUGGAGUGGGCAAGCUGCUGCCAACUUCUACAAAAUCUUGGCGCGCGAUUUGGCCAAAGCUUUGCCAGAUAAGCGGCGCUUCGCAAUUCUGGAGGACAAUGACCCUACUGGCUUUAAGUCCGCCAAGGGCAUCGCUGCCAAGGACGAGGUCAACAAGCGCCUGCGAAAGCAGGAAAGCAAGUGGCCGAAUGGCAAAAAAGAAACACGUAUAGCCUAUCAUAAGCGCCUCAAGCUCGCCAUUCAUUCGCUGCCAGAGGAUUUCUUGCUGAAGAGCAUCCGAGAUAUGACUAGGCGCUGCCAUCGGCUCUAUGAGGCCAACGGCUACUUCUUCGAGGAAGGUGGCUUAGAUUGA